UCCCCGGGCAGCCUCCACCAGAGGACACAAUGUCUGACACUGCAGAACCCAAGGAGCUGACAACCCCCAAAACCAGCGACUACUACCGGGUGCAGCCUGACCUACCUGCCAGGUUCAAUCAGCCGGAGACGUGGAGGGGAGGAUACAGAUCAAAACCGGGGAAUCCGCUUUACCGAACGACAAACCAGACAUAUGGGAGUAAACCGCCGACCGUCCACGAGAUGCCGACCACAUUUAACGGAGUAUCAGACAAGUUUUCAGAAGCCGCAACCAAGUGCGGAAUGUACCGGAAUAAUGGACUGAACACGCAUGUAGAGAAGAGCUUCGUGACCGGCCCCGACAACCUCAUCACCGCCCACGACCGCCUCAACUUCCACAGGAGCUAUAACAUGAGGGGCCCGUCCCAGAGCGUGUGAUCAGCUGCUACAGGAGCCUGCACAUAGGACUGCAUCAGUAUAAACUGCCCUGACAACUGACUGCUCCUAACAUCCCUACCCAUGCUGGACAACUACUCCUAACAUCCCUACCCGUGCUGGACAACUACUCCUAACAUCUCUGCCCAUGCUGGACAACUUACUGCUCCUAACAUCCCUACCCAUGCUGGACAACUACUCCUAACAUCCCUACCCAUGCUGGACAACUACUCCUAACAUCUCUACCCGUGCUGGACAACUACUCCUAACAUCUCUGCCCAUGCUGGACAACUUACUGCUCCUAACAUCCCUACCCAUGCUGGACAACUACUCCUAACAUCUCUACCCAUGCUGGACAACUACUCCUAACAUCUCUGCCCAUGCUGGACAACUUACUGCUCCUAACAUCCCUACCCAUGCUGGACAACUACUCCUAACAUCCCUACCCAUGCUGGACAACUACUCCUAACAUCUCUACCCAUGAUGGACAACUACUCCUAACAUCCCUACCCAUGCUGGA